UCCUAUAUAAUCACUAGCGUUGUCCACACAAAGAACAUAGUUUAUCACCCGCGAAUAUAGCUAGCUUCUCCAACUUCAACAACAUAAAGCUAAAGUAGCCUUCUGCUUCAGAUUAUGAAAUAUGAAGAAAAUAGUUAUAAGGAUGCACGUGGAGGAUGGCAAAUGCAGAAGCAAGGCUCUCAAAAUUGCCGCUGUAUGUCAAGGUGUUCAAUCAUUAGCAUUUGAAGGCGAAACCAGUGAUCAAUUGGUGGUAACUGGAGAAGGAAUCGAUGCUGUUUUCUUAACCAACCGGAUGAGAAAGAAGUUCAGUUAUGCAACGUUAUUAAGUGUGGAAGAAGUGAAAGAAGAAAAAGAUGAGGGUGGCCAAGAUGGAGGAGAAGAGGAAGAUGAAACCGAGACAAAUGAAAACUAUCCUCCACCUUGUCCCAUGUGUGGCACCUAUCAUUCUCCUAUGUACCAUCACGUAGUUUAUGAUCCAUACCCUAAUAGCUGCUCCAUCCUCUGAGUUAAUUAAUUACCUCUCCUGGUUUUCUUCUUGUGAUUGUAUGGAUAAGGCUUUUGACCUUUCCACGACAAGGAUAGGAAAAACCAUAUUUAUCUAAAUUAAAAAGCGUUAUGCUUUGCUUAGGAUAUGGAAUAAUGAUAAGGUUCAAAAGUUUCUUUAGAUUUGGAAGUGCAUGUAUGUAAAAAGAUAUUUUGUUAUAUGUGACUGAAGCUAGUUUCAGUUGUUAGAAAAUCUAUUAACCUAAAUUUCAAAGGAUAUACAUUUAACAUGGAA